AUGAGUCGAGAGCAGAUUCCCAGUGCCAGCACAGGCCAGUGGCUAUCGCAAAGGGAUACCUUUGCCAUAGAGAAUUUGGAAUGGGAAGAGUUUUAUCGCAAUAACAGAAGCAAGGUUCCACAUCUGACUGGCUCAGUACAGCAGUAUCGUCAAACAAUGCGCGAAGCCAAAAUGCGUGCACAACAACAUGAAUCGCCAAUAGUUGAAGGACUUAAAGUUUAUGAUCUGACUACAGACUCUCCGUCGAGCUUGAAAUUGAGAAUAUACAAGCUACUAUCGCCUGGAGCAAAUGGGGCCGUCAUGAUCUACUUCCAUGGAGGCGGCUGGGCACUGGGAGACCUAGAAGGAGAAGACAAUAUCUGUCGCGUUCUAUGUGUGCAAGCCAUGCUAAAUGUGGUCAGCGUUGACUAUCGCCUUGCACCAGAGAAUCCGCAUCCAGCACCUAUUCAAGAAGCGAUCACAGCACUUCGUUGGUUAUUCCAAAACAAUCUGACCCAUGGCUUCGAUACGAGUAAUGUUUACGUUGGGGGGACUAGUGCUGGGGCAAACUUGGCUGCUGUACUGUGCCAAUUAUCUCGGAGCUUGGGAGUCGAAAUCCGGGGUCAGCUCCUUCGGUCUCCAGUCUUAUGCUCUAGUGAGCUGCAUUACCAGAGAAUGGGACUGAAAAGUAUGGAACAAUUCGUUGAUACACCAAUCCUCGAUCAGCGCUCAAUGAAGCAAUUCCUCGAGUGGUAUCAGCCUUAUGACCGGGGAGAUCCUACGGUAUCUCCACUAUUGUCCCGGGAUCUGGGUGGAUCUCCGCCAUCUUUUAUCAUGAUAUGUGGCCGUGACCCGCUCCGCGAUGAGGCCCUAGCCUAUGCGGACAAACUUGAAGAAAGGGGCACACCAGUUCGGGUUGCUGUCUACCCGGGAAUGCCCCAUGCGUUCUGGAUAUUCCCCGAACUGACCACAACGAGGACUGCUACCCAGGACAUGAUAAAUGGUGCCAGAUGGCUUAUUUCUGAGGUUCGCAGUACAUAAUAACAAAGCCACCGAGUGUUCCAUAAUGUCUGUAGUUCAAUAUCUCAAUCACAAUGAUCUUCCCCCAUCUACCGGCAAUUCCACCCCGGUGAUGAACGCCGCCUCAUCACUUGCCAGAAAAGCAGUGGCAUUGGCAACGUCUUCCGGAGUGGCAAAUCGUCCCAGAGGGAUGCUAGACAGAAUGUUGCUUCUAUUCUCUGGUGUGUCUAUUCCACCAAGAAUUAGAGGCAUC